GGGGCUUCAGUCGAGGACGCUUGCCGUUCGUUGUUCAUUCAACAUGGCAGCGGGACCAAUUUCAGAAAGAAAUCAAGGUAAAUUGAUUAUUCUGAUAACUUUGAGCCUUUUAAUUUUAUCUCCUUUGUGUUCACUCUUUUGACUGCAUAACUCAGUUUAUAUUAGCUCUACUUUUUGCGUGUUUUUGUAUAGUUAAAGGUAAACAACAGGAUCACAUGGAGAUGCUCAGUUAUCGUUAGCAUGUCUUACUGCUAUUAUGGUUACUUGUUAAACCACGAUCUGUAUAUUCGGAGUUGAAUUCACUUGAUGGCUGUAUUGAAGCCUGUGCUUGCAUUUUUGUGUAAUGAAUUAGUUUUGAUGUUAUUGACGCCUUUCAAAGAAAGUUACGUCCUGUUUACUUACUGCUAAAGUUAGCCUAGCAAGCUAGUUGUGUUGGAUUGCUGUUGAUUGCCCUGGUGUUUAUAGUGUUAUAGCUGGUAUUUGAAGAUGUUGUGUCAGUAAUAAACCACCAGUUUGUUCACCUUUGCUUUUUGUUCAUCUGCAGUUUCAGUGUCUUGUAAUGGUUUUCAAUCAUCUGUCUCAGUACUGUUUAUACUAAAUUUCUAUCACUUUAUUACAGACGCCACUGUGUAUGUUGGCGGCUUGGAUGAGAAAGUCUCGGAGCCAUUACUAUGGGAGCUCUUCCUGCAGGCUGGUCCUGUUGUCAACACACACAUGCCCAAAGACAGGGUCACCGGACAACAUCAAGGUGAAUGGAUCAGCUGGUAUUCCUUUAAUAAAGGGAUAUUCCGGCGUAAGAUUUAGUAAUUUAGGGUUAAACACAUUGUAACACCGAGUAAGACACACCCUGGAGAGCUGAAUGUUGCUGACCGCUACCUUCUCUAGUUAUACCAACUUUAGUAACGACCACACGAUAGCAAUACACAGCAGUCUGAGGAUCCAUGUGCAUACCUCAACCAAAAAGCCACUCUAUAGCCACAAAUAAUGUUCAGAACAGCACCUAACUUCAUCAACAGUACAUAUGGGGUCCCAGCCAUAGUACUAGCCACCAAAUUCAGUGUUACGGUGUGUUUGACCCUAAAUUCAUUUUACGCCGGAAUAUCUCUUUAAACUGUGAUUCAUGUGAUUCACAAGAGAAACACCCGAAAAUGAGUCUCCUCUCUAAAUUUACCAGGAACUGUAUUAACAAUGUUUUCCUGUCUCUCUCUCUCUCUCAGGUUAUGGCUUUGUAGAGUUCCUCAGUGAAGAGGAUGCUGACUAUGCCAUCAAAAUUAUGAAUAUGAUAAAGCUCUAUGGCAAACCAAUUCGGGUAAAUAAAGCCUCUGCACACAAUAAAAACCUUGAUGUGGGUGCCAACAUCUUCAUCGGUAACCUCGACCCUGAGAUCGAUGAGAAACUUCUCUACGACACAUUCAGUGCUUUCGGCGUGAUCCUCCAGACGCCAAAGAUCAUGCGAGACCCCGACACGGGCAACUCAAAGGGCUACGCAUUCAUUAAUUUUGCCAGUUUUGACGCGUCAGAUGCUGCCAUUGAGGCCAUGAAUGGCCAGUACCUCUGCAACAGGCCCAUCACAGUGUCUUACGCCUUCAAGAAGGAUUCCAAAGGAGAGAGGCACGGCUCAGCCGCAGAGCGACUCCUAGCCGCACAGAACCCUCUCUCCCAGGCAGACAGACCACAUCAGCUAUUUGCAGAUGCUCCGCCACCUCCGAGUGCUCCGACACCAGUACUGACAGCGCUUGGAGGUGGGAUGCCUAUGCCAGGUAAGACUGAAAUCCUCUUAUUGAACAGUUGUAGUGGAAAAUGGAAUACUUUUAAUUCUGUUGGGAAAGACCCUGCUUGUAUUCAUCUUAUUGGAUUAAGGGUUAAUUUAUAUCUGUACAGCUAUAACAUGAUGUGUUUUGGUGUUUACAUCUGAAUAGCUUGACAUGCAAACAACGACUCUCAUAUCACAUAUCAUAUCUGUCAUACUAAAUAUACAUGUCUUUUGAUUAUUGCUCAUAGAGUGAACAUAUAAUCGACAAAAAGAGUGACAUGAGAAUAGAAUCGAAGUUUUUAAUGAGGUAAAAUCCCUCUGUUAACCAGAAAAUUACACUUGUUUCAUACAGGCAUGCCACCCCCUGGGUUCCCUCCCGUUCCUCCUCCUGGGUCCAUGCCCCCAAAUAUGCCCCCUUCAAUGCCUAUGCCUCCAAACGCUGCAGCACAAGGUCCACAGCCUGGUGGUGGUGGGCCUCCACCUGGGCCACCACCAUUCCCUCCUGGCAACAUGCAUCCAGGUAAUAUUUCAUGUCACAGCAUAAUAAAUACUGUAUUCUUUGGCAGUGCGUAGGGCUAGCUUUUGCUUGAACAUGUCUGUAAACGUUAUUGUUUGUGUUCUGCAGGGAUGCCUCAGAUGCCCAUGCCCCCUCCUGCUCCUCCUGGCAUGGUGCCUCCUCCUCCUGCCCCUCCAGGAUCAUCGCAAGCAAGGGCACCACCACCCCCUGGGAUGCCUCCACCCCCACCCAUGGGCAUGCCACCCAGAGCACCAUACGGACCUCCUAUGGGUAAGCUCUGAGACAUCACCUUGAAUCUUUCUUUUAUCACUGCCAUGAUAAUUGGUGUUCUUUCCCAUGAUUUAGGACCCUCCCAUGUGAUUGAUAUGAUUUUUAAGAUACAUUUCACUGUGGUUUCACUUGCUUGUAGAGCGAUUUUUGGACAUUGAAUGAAAUCACGACUCUUUGUUUCUCUCUUUCUAAGGUCCACCUGUGCCCCCAGGUAUGAGAGGACCCCCUCCUCCCAUGCCUCCACCAGGCUAUGGUGCUGGUCCUCCUCGCCCUCCUCCUUUUGGCUUGCAGAGAGGUCCUCCAAUGCCUCCAAGGCCGCCUGGUGUCCUGCCACGUGUCCCCAUGAGAGCACCAAUGCCCCCAUAAACCACCUCAGACUGUGAUUUCAUUUUUUGUUUUUUUAAAAGCUUAUAAUCUGCUCAUGUUUGUUACAGUGGGAAUAAUUUAACCAACUGUUUGUAUUUUUUGUCGCUGUACUAAUAAAGACAGAUAAAAGUUUUAGUAAAAA